UAUACAUAUUUCAGAAAUAAAACUUUGAGGCUCAAAUUGUGGAUAAGUUGCAGGAACUCUUUUUACCAGUUGGGUGAGCUCUCAAAUCUUCUACCACCAUCAUGGCUGCCUUUGAAGAGAUGGGGGUCCUCCCUGAAAUUGCAAAAGCUGUUGAAGACAUGGAUUGGACGCUACCUACAGAUGUCCAGAAUGAAGCAAUUCCCAUGAUCCUGGGUGGAGGUGAUGUUCUGAUGGCUGCUGAAACAGGCAGUGGUAAAACUGGAGCCUUCUGCUUACCCAUUCUACAGACUGUGUGGGAGACUCUUAAGGACAUCCAGCUCGGCAAGACUUCUAAGAUCAACAAAGAGACUCCAACUAAAUGGCAAUUGAGCUUCUCGGAUCGGGAUACUGGACUUGCGGUGACACCCGAUGGGCUGAGAUGCCAGUCCCGAGAGCAGAAAAUGUGGCAGGGCGGACGGGCUAACAAAGGCGUGACAGCACCUGGAAAGUUCUACUAUGAAGCAACGGUCUCUGACGAGGGUCUAUGCAGAGUGGGAUUUUCUACUGCUAAUGCUGCUCUUGACUUAGGAACAUGUAAGAAUGGCUUUGGUUUCGGAGGAACUGGUAAAAAGUCCAACAACCGCCAGUUUGACGACUAUGGUGAAAGCUUCGGUCUGCACGAUGUGAUUGGCUGCUACCUUGACCUGGACAACAUGUCCAUUAGCUUCAGUAAAGGUGGCCAACCCCUUGGACAAGCCUUCACCCUCAAGAGCGAGUUUAAAAAUGUUGCAUUGUUCCCGGCCGUUGUUCUCAAGAAUGCAGAGAUGGCUUUCAACUUUGGAGAGACGCCUUUCAAGUUCCCUCCAACGGGAGGCUAUAAGGCCAUCUGCGAGGCCAGCAGCGAGUUGACUGCUACAGGCGUCACCAAGGCAUCUUCGUUCAAGCCCAAAAAUAACGCUCCUCAAGCAAUUAUUAUUGAGCCAUCGCGCGAGCUCGCAGAACAGACGUACAAGCAGCUGGAGCUGUUCAGUGGGUACGUAGACAACCCUAAAGUGCGGUCACUACUCGUGGUCGGGGGCGUUCCUGUGAGGGAGCAGAUGAACGCGCUCAGUGCUGGCGUGGACAUCGUGUGUGGCACACCAGGUCGUCUUGAGGAGCUCAUCAACACAGGCCAGCUUGCGCUCCAGAACUGCCGCUUCUUCGUCCUCGAUGAGGCCGAUGGGCUGCUAAAAGCUGGUCACGAGAAACUCAUCAACAGCAUCCACGGAAGCAUCCCAAAGUUGACGCCGGAUGGGAAGCGCCUGCAAAUGGUGGUGUGCAGCGCCACGCUGCAUUCCUUUGAAGUCAAGAGGAUGGCGGAGCGCCUGAUGCACUUCCCUACCUGGAUCGAUCUGAAGGGCGAAGACGCGGUGCCUGAAACAGUGCACCACGUAGUGUUACAUAUUGACCCGCGCGUCGACGUCUCGUGGGGCAGCUUGCGCACUCACGUCCAGACUGACGGCGUGCAUGCCAAUGACAACGUCAGGAAAGGCAAUAACACGCCCGAGACGCUGAGUGAGGCCGUGAAGAUGCUGAAGGGCGAAUAUUGCAUCAAGGCUAUCGACACGCACAAUAUAGAUAAAGCUAUAAUUUUCUGCAGAACCAAAGUGGACUGUGACAACCUUGAACGUUACUUCAAUCAACUUGGUGGCGGCGCGCGCAACCCAACCAACCCGUACUCAUGCGUGUGCCUCCACGGCGACCGACGCCCGCAGGAACGCAAAGAUAACCUCGAGAGUUUCAAGCGCGACGAAGUCAAGUUUCUGAUCUGUACGGACGUUGCAGCUCGUGGCCUCGACAUUACCGGUCUGCCUUUUGCAAUCAACGUGACGUUACCGGACGAGAAGAGCAAUUAUGUGCACAGGAUCGGGCGUGUUGGUCGCGCUGAAAGAAUGGGUCUGGCAAUCUCGCUGGUAUCGGACGUACCAGAGAAGGUCUGGUAUCACGGCGAGUGGUGCAAGAGUAGAGGAAAGAACUGUUACAACACCAGGCUCACUACAGAACACGGCUGCUGUAUCUGGUACAAUGAACCUCAGUACCUGGCUGAUAUCGAGGAGCAUCUAGGCGUCACUAUCCAGUGCGUGGGCAGCGACCUUAAAGUCCCAGUGAAUGAAUUUGACGGCAAGGUCGUGUAUGGAGAGCGCCGCUCCAAUGCUGGAUCAAACUAUCAGACUCACGUGGAGCAACUCGCCCCGACCGUGCAGGAGCUUGCAGAUCUCGAGCGCGAGGCACAGCGCGUGUACAUCCGGCGUCAGUACGGAAAAUGCUAUCCGUGGCAGCGAGGCGGAUAGAAACUUUAUCCCAGUGGAAGCAGCGUUAUUCACUUCACUUAUUUCUCUUAGAUUAUAUUCGUUAAUAACCUAAAUUAUCCGCUUGUUAUGAUACAUAACUAACAUUGAUUUUGCAUCAUUUUGCGAAGGGUGUUUGCGUUAAUUCGAAUCAUUGCAAUGUGAAGAAAUGCGAGGAAAUAGUCAUGCAUUAAACUAGAACACUG